AUGGUAGAAGUCUGUUUACCAAUUCAAACUCGAUAUUUGAUAUAUGCAUUGGAAAAGAACAAAGAUUUUUUUGCUUAACAACCAAAGUAUUUUUUUACAAUUCAAUAUCAGUGACUAUUCUGAUUGGAUGGUUGAUUCUUUCUAAAAGACUGAUAUAAAGCCAGAACAAAUUGUAAAGGUUAAAAAGAUGAAAACGAAACUACAAAGUGUAAGGAACAAUAUAUCUGAGUAUCUAAAUUCAUUUAAAUAAGUUCAAUUCACAAAAUCAAAGAAUAAUUGAAGUUAAUUUAGAGUGAAGCUUUGAAAGUUGAUUAAAUGUGGGAACAAUUGAAGGAAUGCUUAACACCUAUUUAAUUAGGUUCUUGUAUCUUGGCAAUGAGAUAAGUACUGUUAAUAUAUUAUUAAAAAAGAACCAAUACAGACAAGAAUUGUAAACAUCUUCUUUGUUUCUGCAACUCAAAAACUCUUAAAUGGUAUUAAAACUUAAUUUUAAUCUAAAUAGUCAGAGGAAGAGGAAGUUCAAGGUAGCUAAGAACAAUUUACUGCCCCGAAAAACAGAAAACUAAUAAAAAAGUCACAGAAUUGA